CAAAUGUGUAGGAACCCUGAAGCUCUGAUGGGCUGAGCGGUCCGGACCCGUUUUAUUUUGGAGAACUGAACCGGAAGUCGUCGUUGUGUGUUUCCGUGAAUCGGCGAGCAGUAAUCAGAGCUUUAAUACAAGCAGAAGAAACGUCGGUGUGUCUCUCCUGUCCUCUGUCCCUCUGUCUCUGGGUCCAACAUGUCCAGACUCCAGGGCCUGAAGACUUUCAUCAACCAGCGGCUCACCGCGGCGGUGGAGGAUAUCUUUGGACAUCUGGAGAGGACAAUAACCGAGUAUGAAGAGGACAUGGACCGCCGCCACCGGAAGCUGCUGGAUAAAAUGAAACAGCGGACAGAAGCAGAGGUCCAGCAGCAGCUGUUGGUGGUUAAAGAAGAGGUUCCCCCUGAGCAGCAGGAGUGGAGCUCCAGUGUGGACCAGGAGGACCCAGAGCCCCCACACAUUAAAGAGGAAGAGGAGGAACUGUGGAGCAGUCAGGAGGGAGAGCAGCUUCAAGGGCUAGAGGAGGCUGAUAUCACCAAGUUCACAUUCACUCCUGUCCCUGUGAAGAGUGAAGAUGAUGAAGAGGAACCUCAGUCUGAGGGACACCACUGUGGAGGACCAGGACCAGCGCCUGGAGGAGGAGUACAACCAGUGCCCGGAGGCUCUGAUCCAGAUCCACAUUUACAACCAGAUACUGAUGACAGCGUUGACAGUGACUUUUGGACAGAGACCAGAGAGCGUCCGUCUGGUUUUAUGGGAUGUGAUUCUGGCAACAAAGCGUUGAUCUGUCCUGAAUAUGUUGACUGGACAGAGACAAGAAACUCUGUGAAACAUGAUGAAGUCCCUGUCAGUGAUUUUCAAUGCAGUGCUGGUGAGAAACCGUUUAGCUGCUCUGAGUGCGGGAAAAGAUUUGGGUUCAAGGGAAAUCUGAAGCGACACAUGAUAACUCAUACGGGAGAGAAACCGUUCAGCUGCUCCGUUUGCGGUCAAAGAUUUCUGCAGAAGGCACAUCUGAAGCGACACAUGAUCACGCACACGGGAGAGAAACCCUUCAGCUGCUCAGUGUGCGAGAAAGCUUUCACACAAAGCGGGAGUUUACAGACACACAUGAGGAUCCACACGGGAGAGAAACCGUUCAGCUGCUCAGUGUGCGGAAAACCUUUCCGGGAAAGUGGAAAUAUGAAGGCACACAUGAGAGCAUGUCAGAAAAGAUUCAACCGCAGUGUUUUUGACCAAAGAUUCACGUGGCUUUUUCACCUCAGAAACCAUCAGUGUGACAGUUGUCAUUUGUCACAGCUUCAUCAGACUGAGGAGAACAAUGGGGUGGAGCCUCCAGACAGCAGCGCAAUUCAACAGACUGAAGCAACAUCUUAUAUGAGCAACAAUGUUGACCUUGCAAAAACUAUAUGUUAUUUAUAGCUAUUUUACAACUUAUUGAUAACAUUACAUCAGCUACUUCCUGUUGUCAGUGAGUGAGGCUAUUUCUGUAGGUUAAUUUUGGCAUGUAGAAGCGAUGAGGCUGGGACUCUCAUGAAGCAUGAGAAAUUUUAGGCAGUUUGGACAGUGUAUGCUCAAGUUACAACAACUUCUUGUUUUAUAGUGAAAUGUGUAAAAGGGUUUAAGUAUGACCCCUGGAAAUGUACAAGAAUUGUACAGGAAAUUCAAAAUGGUGGACCAAUGUUGGUCAACUAAAACAUUUUGAAUUUCCACAAUGAAUGUGUUUUCAAUUUUUGUUGACUUAAACUGUUUGAAUUUUCAUCAACUAAAUGGGUUCAAAUUUCUACUACCAUGUUUUGAAUUUUCGGGGAUUUAAACGGUUAGAAUUUUUGUCGUCUUCAACGUUUCAAACUUUCAUCACCUAAAAUGUUUUGAAUUUUUGUCAAAUAACAUUAUUUGAAUUUUUGUCAACGAUUUUUCUUGACUAAAACAGGACGCCAUGUUUAUUUCUGUAAAAGUCAGACACUGCUGCAGAACACUAAUUAUAUGUCAUGUUGCUGGAAAUCAGUUGUCAAUCCCAUUAUGUAAAUUUCACGUAAAUCAAAAGAUAUUGUCUGACAACAUUUGAUUCCUGUUGCCAGUAGGUGGCACAAUGACUAUGGCACUGAUUUUUUUUUUUUUUUUUUUUUAUACCCUCAGGCCUUGAGCCUUAUGAAACGAGUGAAAUUUGGGGCAGAUUGGACCAUGUAUACUGGAGUUACAAACCACUUCCUGUUUAGCGACCUUGAUUGCAAUUUCUGAUACAUGAAUUAGCCUCACUGGAUUAUUUUA